AAAGCCUAUUGGCUGACAGGAGGCCCCGCCCCCUAGGCACACUCCCCCUCAUUGAGGGAUGGGGGCGGGGCCUCGGAAGCCGUUGGCCUGAGGCACGCACGAGCCCUGCCGCGCGCCUCUGAAUCAUCAAGGGCUGGGCGCGCAUGCGUUCAGCAGACGAACCUUAGCUACUCUUCUCUCCCGCCCCAGGAAAGUACCCUGAGGGAAUAGUCUGAGCUCACUCCCCAGAAUACCCUCACUCAUCAAACCCCGCCCUCCUUCUCCAUGUAGGCGCAUGCGUGGCCCAGGAAGCCACCUAAGGAGGCGAAACUGCGCCCUCACCCCCACGCAUGCGCUGUCCCUCGAAUAAAGUGGCACCUGGAGGCCCAUGCUGCUGGCCCUGCGCAUGUGCGCCAGGCUCAAUGACAACCAAACCUUUCUAAGGGUACUGGGGCUCUGCAUGCUGCGGGUAGCUCGAGCAGCCUGUGGGGCCGGGUGGGGGUGCUGCCCCCGGCCCCCGCUGAGGCCCUGGGCCCCCGAGGCUGCCUCCCGGCCCCACUCCUCCCUGAUCACCAAGAUGGGGGAGUAUCGGAAGAUGUGGAACCCCACGGAGCCCCGGAACUGGGCCCAGCAAUAUCAGGAACGUUUCAUCCCCUUUUCCAGGGACCAGCUGCUGCAGCUCCUCCUGCAGGAGUUUCACUCUAGUUCUUCUGCCAAGGCUGAGCUCCAGGAGUUUGUAUCCCACACUGACUUCUGCAUUCUCUCUCAGUAUAACCGCACCCUGACCCAGCUGCAGGCACUAUAUGACCCCAUCAACCCAGACCGAGAGACCCUGGAGCAGCCCUCCCUCACAGAACCUCAGCGCCUAGCUAACGAGCAGGAGGUCCUCAGGGCCCUGGCGCCGCUGCUGGACCAAGCUAACUUCUCCCCGCUGUCCGAGGACACCCUGGCCUAUGCCCUCGUCGUCCACCACCCGCAAGAUGAGGUUCAGGUGACCAUCAACCUGGACCACUAUGCUUACAUACAGUUCUGGGCCCUGGGCCAGCGAGUGGGGCGGCUCCCACGCAAGUCUAUGGUGGGCUCCGAACGGGGCUUCUUCACCAAGUCCCCUCCUGCCGAGCGGCGUUACUUUAAGCGGGUAGUGGUGGCAGCCCGCACCAAGCAGGGUCACCUGGUGCUGAAGAGCUUCAAAGACACCCCCCUGGAGGGGCUGGAGCAGCUCCUGCCCGAGCUGAAGGUGCGGAUGCCCCCCCUACGGCGGGCCCUGCUCAACGCCAUCCUCCUGGUCUCUGGCCUGAUGUUCUUUGUCAACGUGGGCAUGGUGGUCCUGUCUGACCUCAAGGUGGCCACCUCCCUGCUGCUGCUGCUGUUUGCCAUCUUCAUGGCCCACCGAGCCUCCAAGAUGUUCGGCCAGCAUCGGAACCUGCAGGCUCUGGAGCUAGCCCACAUGUUGUACUUCCGAAGCACUUCCAACAACUCGGAGCUGAUCACGGCCCUGGUGCACCGGGCUCAGGAGGAGCACGCCAAGGAAGUCCUGCUGGCCCACAGCUUCAUGGGACGAAGGGGCCCGGGGCCCCCCGAGGAGAGCGCCAGGUGGCUUCAGGCCUCGGUAGAGGCCUGGCUCCUGGCCCGGACAGGCUGCGAAGUGAUCUUCAAUGGGGCCCGGGCCCUCAGCCACCUGGAAGCCCUAUCCCAAAACACACCCCCUGGCUCACCACCCGAUCUCUGCAGGAGCCCUCGGCCCUCCUGGGCUGCACAGCUUCAGAGACCCCUGAUGCCUCCCGGGACCCAGCCAAGCAGGGAAUGAGCUUCCUGUCAUCUCCUGGCCCACGGGGCCCCACGGGUCAGAGUGCUGGCCCACUGGCUUCCAGUGGGCCGAGACUCACAGCCCAGGGCCACUCUUCCCCAGGGAUGGAGGGGCACGUGGCCCUGGGAAAGACUGGUGUCUCUGUGCUCCCCACUGCCGUCAGCCUUUUGGGAAGGCAGUGGGGUCUGCCCUCCCAAUGCCAGUGCCUUCCCCAGACCCUCAUAUUUUCAAUACUGACUUCUGCCAACGCUACCUCUGGCUCCGUCCCACCCCAUGGCCCCUGUGUGCAAAACUGAUCCCUGUUCCCGUCUGUCCUCCAGCUCCCCAAAGAAAUAAACCCUGUUUACACUGCUC